GUGACACCGCAACAUGGCGGCUGCUUCGCAACAAGAAGCGAUACGCGAGUUUGUGUCGGUGACGGGAGCGGCGGAGGAGCGGGCGCGGCUGUACCUGGAGUCUGCGGGGGGCGACCUGCAGCUGGCAUUGGGUAGUUUCUAUGAAGAUGGAGGUGAUGAUGAUGUGAUCACUUUGCCACAGCCAGAGACAGGCCCAGGUCCUAGGAGUACGGCACCCAGUGAUGGUCGCAUAACCUCUCUGAGAGAUUUGUGGCAUGAGGAAGAAGAUGAUGAGGAUGAGGGUCAAAGGUUUUAUGCUGGUGGAUCUGAAAGAAGUGGACAGCAAAUUGUUGGGCCUCCAAAAAAGAAGAAUUCUAAUGAAGUUGUAGAAGAUUUAUUUAAAGGAGCAAAGGAACAUGGUGCAGUUGCUGUUGAACGAGCUGGCAGAAGUCUAGGAGAAUCCAGUAGAUCUAAACCUUUUGGUGGAGGUGGCUACCGUCUAGGUGCUGCUGAAGGAGAGCAUUCACCUUACGUUGUGGGAGAAAGGAAAGCUGAAUCUGCACAAGAUGUUCAUGUGGUACUGAAACUUUGGAAGAAUGGUUUCAGUGUCGAUGAAGGGGAAAUGAGGAAUUACAAUGACCCGGCCAAUGCUCAGUUCUUGGAUGCGAUCAGACGAGGGGAGAUUCCUCUGGAGCUGAGGAGGUUGGCCCGUGGCGGGCAGGUCAACCUGGAUAUGGAGGAUCACCGAGAUCAGGAAUUCAUGAAAGCUAAAGCUGCCUUUAAGGCAUUUGCAGGAGAAGGGCAGAAACUGGGAAGUGCUACACCUCAGCUCGUCACUAUAUCUUCUCCUGCACAGCAAGCAGAGAAUGAAGCUAAGGCUAGUUCUACCAUUACUCUAAAUGAUUCUGAAGCUACCACCAGCAUUCAGAUACGAUUGGCGGAUGGAGGGCGUUUGGUUCAAAAGUUCAACCACACACACAGCAUUCAGGAUAUCCGGCAGUUUAUCGUGAGUGCCCGCCCAGCCCUGGCUUACACUCCCUUCAUCCUAAUGACGACCUUUCCCAGUAAAGAGCUGACAGAUGAGAACCAGACCUUGAAAGAUGCCAAUCUGCUCAAUGCCGUGAUUGUCCAGCGACUAAAAUGAUUGGACUUCAUUAUUUAAACCUUGUGUUUCUGGAAUAUUUGAACUGUUGGACUUUGCAUUAGUUUAACUUGGUGGUUGUGAUAAAUUGGAUAAAAAGCUUUUAAAUGAAACUCAUUACUUUAAAGGUUAUUAAAAGUUACAAGAU